AUGGACGUUAUCUUACAGCAACAUUCCAGCUUGGUCCGUCGUCUUCGUCAAGGCGAUCCAAAUGUUACCGUUCAUGAGAUAGAAGCAUAUCUUGAUCGAAUUCUCGACUUUCUAAAAACAGUUCCAUACAGACCGACUCAGACAGAUGGAUUGAGCUUAUUAACCGUCGUGUGUGAUGAUCUGGCCAGUCAGAAGACGCUACAUUUGUUUAAUCAUCCGAUCAUAAUUAAUCAUUCGAUAUUUGUUUACAUUGGUCGAACAUUGGAAAUGUUACUAACAAAAUGUAAUCAUUUACAAUCAUUAUCGUUGAAAAAACACGAUGAGGAUGCGUUGUAUUCGAUCAGUUAUUUGAUUGCACAAUUAUGUUUACACCGAAAUGAACAUAUUCCAUUAUUUUACGGACGAUUUUUGGACCGAAUCUUUCCUGUAACUGAAAAACCAAAUGGCAGAGACGAUACGUUUCAANUUUACAUUGGUCGAACAUUGGAAAUGUUACUAACAAAAUGUAAUCAUUUACAAUCAUUAUCGUUGAAAAAACACGAUGAGGAUGCGUUGUAUUCGAUCAGUUAUUUGAUUGCACAAUUAUGUUUACACCGAAAUGAACAUAUUCCAUUAUUUUACGGACGAUUUUUGGACCGAAUCUUUCCUGUAACUGAAAAACCAAAUGGCAGAGACGAUACGUUUCAAUUUUCGCCACGUGAAGGCGAAACGUUCUUAACCGACAAACCAAACUUGAAAACUGCGAGAUUGCAUCCCAGUGCACCAAAAGCACGGCCAGUCACACCGAUUAUGAUCAAUUUCGAAAUCAUGCCAGAACCAAAACAGCGUCAGCCAUCUAAACCGGUCACACUUCGAAAAGACCCAUUGGUUAAACCUCAGCCGAAAACAUCAGAACUUGAAAGAGAUCUACCGGUGAAGACGUAUCAAAGCAUCUUCUUGACGAAGUCGUUCUUCGAGAAACUUCGAUGCGGAAUUGAAGAUCUUUCACAAAAUGAAUAUUCGCCAUAUCAUAUCAAAUAUAAAGUCAUCGAUCGCCUAGUUCGUCUAUGUUCAAAAAUGAACCUUGUUGAUUUCAUCUACGAAUCGAUUAUUAAAUGUCUAUGUUCAAAGUUCUAUUCGCAAACGUUCACGACAAUCGAAUCAACACAGAUGUGUCUGACUCCCAAACAAUUAUUUUUCGUCUACAGUUGUUCUCGAUUCAUCAUCCGCCACGAACUCAACCAACCCGAUCGAUUACCGAAAUUGCUCUGCCCAUCAAUGAUCGCAGCAACCAAACUAAUCAUCGAUCAUGCUCUUCCAGAUCACGAUGACAGAGGUCUCGCUCGGCAAACGUUGAGUUUUCAUCUUGAAUUACUCAAUCACUUGUCCUCAACGACUGUAGGCCGACGACAUUUUCUGCAAAGUUCGAUUUCCAAUCAAAUGAUUCGCAUUUUAAACACAGAACAAUUGCUGACUCUUGCAUGCACAACUGAAGUGUUCUUUGAUGCAAAUGUGCGUGUUAUCGCACACACUUUGCUACUAUUAUGCAAUUUGGCUUAUGAAAAAACUAUAUUCACCCUUCUAAAAGGUAUGAAUUUGAAGUAUACGAAAGUAUUAGAUGAAGCGAAAGAUUCCGCCAUUCAAUUUGCAUAUAAUGCGUUAGCAUCGAUUCUAAGUGAAGAUACUAUUGAUGAAGCGAAUGAACCUCAGAAGUUAAAACAGGAUUACUUGAAAUCCCUGAUAGACAAUCUUCCAGAAGCCAAACGUAUAACAAUUAUAGAUUAUGGACGAACAUAUGAAGGGGAGGGUUUACAGGUACAAUACAGUUUCCUUACCGAAGAAAUUUUGAGUAAGUUAAUUGAAGAUAUUGAUACUAUCUCGAACUGGAGGAGGUACCGUUUCGAUGAGAACGAUUAUAAACGUGUAUCAAAAAGCUUAAGAAUAUGCACGAAACAGAAUACACAAGAAGUUGAGUCGCUCAUAAAACCUGUGAUCGAAUGUUUAAAUUCAUCAGCUUAUAUGGAAGUUUUCGAAAAAAUUGAAUUCUCCCGAAGCAAAGUAGCAUCGGGUUUAGUGCGUACGAAUCGUUCUCUCGCCGCCAAACAUUUGUUCUUUAUGCGUGAAUGUCCUGAGUUUCUCAUUCAACAUCAUUAUUCCGAAGAUGAAAGUGAAAUGAAAUCAUUGAUGGACAAAAUGAUGUCUAACACUCGACAAAUCUUUCAAGAUCAUUUGCAUGUCGUGACUGUGACAGCAACCGAACGAGUUCUUGGUCAUACGAUGAAUACUGAUGAUGAUGAUGAUGAAGAAGCAAGAAUAGAAGCAUUGGGUUAUCAUAUCAAAUUAUUAAAUCAUUUUGCUAUGCAAAGAUCUCUUCGGAAAGAAUGUUCCGAUCAACCGAUUAUUCAGAACAUAAUCACGGUUUUACAAGAUGAUGGUUUACUUAAUCAGCUGGAACGUCUUAGCAAGAAAAGAAUUGAAUUCAUCGGACAAUCAUUGACAUUAUUGAAUAACUUGAUACUUGAGGAACAGGCAUUGAAGUUAAUGAAAAGUCAAUCUUUCGCCAAAACAUGUUCUCAGUUUCGUUCGAUUAAUGAUAAAACAGUUCAAUUUACUUCCCAUAUACUGUUGAUCUCAUUAAACAAAACAUCAUUCAACGAUCUGAGAGAAAUCGAUUUUUUAUCGAAAACAUAUACCGAAUAUCUUUGUAAGUCGGUUAAAGUACCAAAAUUAUGUUACCAUUGUGUUAAAUUAAGUUGUUUAGUAAGGAAUCUCAAAAUUAUCGUCGAAGGAAAUGAUGUAUUCCGUGAUUCUCUUGUCGAACAGAAAAAUGGUAUUUCAGCCAUCGCUAACUGUGUCUCUGCCUAUCAAGAUAGUAGUAUUGAAUCGAAACCGGUCAAGGCUUCCUCGAUCGUUCAAAGGAUGAAACCGGACGCAGAAGUUUUGGAAAAAAUUCAACAGUUAGCAAUACUUAUUAUUUGGCGGUUUACAUAUUACGGACCAACAGUUAUCAAAACAUUGAAAUCAAACGAUGCUUUUAUCGAUCAAAUUCUGAAAGUCAGCAAACAACCGUUGCGAGGACCAGCCAAAGGUAAUAAAAAAUCAUUAGCAGAUUCAGCGAAAGAAACUGCUGAACAAANUCAGAACUUAAAACAGGAUUACUUGAAAUCCCUGAUAGACAAUCUUCCAGAAGCCAAACGUAUAACAAUUAUAGAUUAUGGACGAACAUAUGAAGGGGAGGGCUUACAGGUACAAUACAGUUUCCUUACCAAAGAAAUUUUGAGUAAGUUAAUUGGAGAUAUUGAUACUAUCUCAUGGAGAGGGUACCGUUUCGAUGAGAACGAUUAUAAACGUGUAUCAAAAAGCUUAAGAAUAUGCACGAAACAGAACACACAAGAAGUCGAAUCGCUUAUAAAGCCUGUGAUCAAAUGUUUAAAUUCAUCAAAUUAUAUGGAAGUUUUUGAGAACGUUGAAUUGUCAGGAGGAAAAUUAGCAUCGGGUUCAAUACAUACGAAUCGUUCUCUUGCUGCUAGACAUUUGUUCUUUAUGCGAGAAUGUCCCGAAUUUCUCAUUCAACAUCAUUAUCCCGAAGAAAGUGAAAGUGAAAUGAAAUCAUUAAUGGACAAUAUGAUGUCAAACACUCGACGAAUCUUCCAAGAUCAUUUGCAUGUCGUGACUGUGAAAGCAACCGAACGAGUUGCCGGCCAUGCAAUGGACACUGAUGCCAAUGAAGAAGCUAGAAUAGAAGCAUUGAGUUAUCAUAUCAAGUUGUUAAAUCAUUUUGCUAUGCAAAGAUAUCUUCGAAAAGAAUUUUCCGAUCAACCGAUUAUUCAAAAUGUAAUCACGGUUUUACAAGAUGAUGGUUUACUUGAUCAGCUAGAGCGUCUUAACAAGAAACGGAUUGAGUUCAUUGGACAAUCAUUGACAUUAUUGAAUAACUUGAUACUUGAGGAAAAGGUGUUGAAAUUAAUGAAAAGUCAAUCUUUUGCCGACACAUGUUCACAAUUUCGUUCGGUUAAUGACAAAACAAUUCAAUUUACGUCGCACAUACUUUUGGUCUCAUUAAACAAAACAUCAUUCACCGAUGUGAGAGAAAUCGAUUUGUUAUCAAAAACAUACACCGAGUAUCUUUAUAAGUCGGUUAAAGUACCAAAAUUAUGUUACCAUUGUGUUAAAUUAAGUUGUUUAGUAAGAAAUCUCAAAAUUAUCGUCGAAGGAAAUGAUGCAUUCCGUGACUCUCUUGUCGAACAAAAAAAUGGUAUUUCAGCCAUCGCUAAUUGUGUCUCUGCCUAUCAAGAUAGUAGUAUUGAAUCGAAAUCGGUCAAGGUUUCCACGAUCGUUCAAAGAAUGAAACCGGACGCAGAAGUUUUGGAAAAAAUUCAACAGUUAGCAAUACUUAUUAUUUGGCGGUUUACAUAUUACGGACCAACAGUUAUCAAAACAUUGAAAUCAAACGAUGCUUUUAUCGAUCAAAUUCUGAAAGUCAGCAAACAACCGUUGCGAGGACCAGCGAAAGGCAACAAAAAGUCAUUAGCAGAUUCAGCAAAAGAAACUGCUGAACAAAUGUUAUGGCGAUUUGGUAGUGAAAAGUUGAUUCUUCAUGAAAAGAAGAAAAAACAAGAAGAAAUAACGUCCGAUCGACCGGAUGAACCGUCAACUGCAGAUCAAUGGCGUGAAUCUGUUCCUUUCGAUCUGCUGAUGAGUUAUAGUACGAAUGUCAAUGAUAAGAUUAUGAGUUUGAAAAUUGCAGAUCGUUUAACAAAGAGAAACUAUCGAGUUUAUACGGAAAAACAAGGUAAACAUCGAUUAGAAUUAAUGGAAAUUGCAGCAGCAAAAAAGGUGCCAAUUCUUGCUUGUUUAUCAUCGAAAUUUCGAGAUUCGAAAUUCUGUAUGGCUGAAAUCGAUAAUGCGAGUAAAGUCAAGUGUCCUGUGAUUCCAAUUAUUGUGGAAGAAAACUAUACAGUCAAAGGCUGGUUGAAUCAUGUAUUGAACAAUCGAAAACCGAUUGAGUUUAAUAACACAGAUUUUACUCAAUCGUUUAUGUUUCUAAUCGGAGAAAUUGAUGAAAUAUUACAUAGACAAGAGAGAGAAUAA